AUGAGUGUGGUCAGCUCCGGUCUGUGGCAACGCUUACCCAGCUCCAAACCAGAUCCCCAGCAGAAGUACCACCAACAAACUGAAAUGCUCUUUCUUUCUUUCUUUUUCAUUCUUUCUUUCUUCCUUUCUUUCUUUCUUUUCUCAAAGAAGCAGAAAAGCCUGAAGCAUAUCCUCUCAUCUCAUAUUUUUCUCUCUCUCUCUCUCUUUCUGUCUGUCUCUCUCUCUCUCUCUCCCUACGUCACCCACAUUGCUUCUGUCUGUAUUGUAACAUCCUUACAACUAUACAAAUAUAAACACAACCACACAUAUCUAUCUAUCUAUCUAUCUAUCUAUCUAUCUAUCUAUCUAUCUAUCUAUCUAUCUAUAUGUGUCACUGAUAGGUGUGUUUUUAUUUGUCUUUUAUUCUCAUUAUACUUCUACUCCAUUCCUCUUUUUUUCUUCGCUGUUUUUUUUUUCUCUUUUUCUUUAUUUCAUUCAUUCUUUUAUUUUGUCCUCAUUUACAUCUUUACAGUUUUUGCGUAUUCUCUUAACCAAACAAUUGAUUCGUUUAUCUUAUCUCUUUCCUUGUUAAUCCUAUUUGAAUUUUCUCAUUUAAAAUCUUUUCUUCUUUUUUGUUGUCUAUUUCUUUUACUUCUUUGUUUCUUUCAUUGUAUUUCUUUUUCAUCUACUUUGUAUGUUUCUUUUCUUUCUUACUGUUUUGGUUCUUUCUUUCUGUUUCCUUUCUUCUUUCUUUCUUUCUUUCUUUCUUUCUUUCUUUCUUUCUCAUUCAGCUUAUUUUCUUACAUAUCUUUCUUACAUAUUCUUUCAUCGAAUCAUAUUUUUCAACACUUCCUUUCGGGUAAUAUAACAUUCCUCCUUUUGUCCGUUUUUUUUUUCUUUAGACGUAUUUUAUCCUCCAUCAACGUAUUCUUUCAGCUUUUGCUACUUACCUUUUAUAAACGCUCUACACACCUCCGUCCGAGUUGA